CUUUUCAUACCCUUAUUACUAAGGUCGAUCUUCUUUUUAAGUUGCUCUCUAAAUUCACUAUUGUUUCCCAAUUUGACUAUUAUCUCUAACUCAAAAACUGUCAAAAUAAACACACAAGUUAUUAGCGAGUGAUUAAUAAGCAGUGAUCACAAUGAACUCUCAAAUGGAUCAUCCAAAAGGUCAUAAUACCACCACUUAUGAGUAUGAUGAUGAUCCUCAUAGACAUGAUCAAAAUGUUGGCAUUCAAAUUGGUCAUAAUGAAGAGCAUCACGGUGAAAAGAAAUCGGUGCUGAAGAAAGUAAAGGCGAAGGCGAAGAAGAUAAAGGAUUCCAUUAAAGAGCACGUUGGACAUGGUCAUGAUCAUGAUCACGACCAGGAUGACGAGGAGGAUGAUGAGAUGGAUAUGGACCCUGAAAUCCACGGCACUCACACUGCUCAACACCUCAUGUCAGGGCAAGAGGGAGCUGCAAGGCGUCAUACGCAUACACGCGAACCACAAUUCGGAACUGCAGGUGAAGGUGCUAGGAGUAAACAAAGUUCUUACCACACAUUUGAUCCUACAACGGCAAGUCAUACUCCUGGACAUGAAGACACCUUAGGUUGGUCGAAGACAGAAGCUGGAAAGUUAGACGAGUACGAUGAGCAUGAGCAACCUUAUGCACCAAAGAACACCCCUGUUGGUACGCUUUUAGGUGGUGGUCAUAGUACUGGAGAUUUGGAUAUGGGGAAGAAGGGACCUCCUGUAAAGCUUGGAACCGUUGUUGGGGGAUCAACGGGCGUGGAGGAAGAUCCUCAGGUUCCGAAAGAUGUAGGGGAAGAUCAUCAUCCGGCUACUUAUCAGGUCAGGGUCAUUGACCCAACAGGCACUGGACAUGAUUCCAAGGCUGGUCAGGGGUUCAUGUCAGGGCUGCAUAGAACUGAAAAAGAGGAGAUGAUUCAAUCCCCGAAAAGCAAGUUUCAAGGCGACUUUCAGACAUUUGAUCCUUCUACUACAAAAUAUAUUCCAGGGCAAGACGAGACCUUGGAUUGGUCUAGAACUGAUACUGGAAGGCUACAUAGGUCAGAAGAACUAACUGAUGCAUCAACAAAUACAGCGAUUGCAGCUCAGGCAGGACAUGAUUCUGCAACUGCUCAUAGCUUCAUGCCUGAGCUGCAUAGAAGUGAAGUCAAUAAAAAAACUGAAAGGGAGGGAGUAAUCCACUCUCCAAGAAGAAAGUUUCAAGGCGACUUUCAGACAUUUGAUCCCUCUACUACAAGUUAUAUUACAGGGCAAGAGGAUACCUUGGGUUGGUCUAGAACUGAUACUGGAAGGCCACAUAGGCCAGAGGAACCGUCCCAUGCAUCAAAGAAUAUACAGAUUGAAGGAUAUGAUUCUACAGCUACUCAGAGCUUCAUGCCAGGGCAACAUAGAAGUUAUUUGGGUGAAAGAAGUGAAAGAGAGGGGGUUCAUCAUUCCCCGAAAAGCAAAUAUCUAGACGACUUUCAUACAUCUGACCGCUCUACUACAAGUCAUGUUUCAGGACAAGAGGAGACCUUGGGUUGGUCUAGAACUGAUACUGGAAGGCUACAUGGUUCAGAAGAACCGUCCAAUGCAUCGAAGAAUUCACCAAUUGCAGCUCAUGCAGGAUACGAUUCCUCAGAUACUUACAUGCCUCAGAGCUUCAUGCCAGGGCAACAUAGAAGUAUACUGGGAGAAAGAACUGCAAUGGAAGGAGGGCUUGAUGACCCUGAAGACAAGCUUCAAGGUGAUCAUGUGACCUUUGUUCACACUACUACAAGUUAUGUUCCAGGACAAGAGGAGACCUUGGAUUGGUUUAGGCCUGAUACCGGAAGGCUAAACGAGUCAGAGGAAUUGUCGAAUGCAUCGAAGAGUAAUCCAGUUUCAGCUCACUCAGGAUAUGAUUCUACAGCUGCUCAAAGCUUCAUGCAAGGCAAUCAAAGAAGAAGUAAAUUGGGUGAAGGCACUGCAAUGGAAGGUAUGACUGAUGCCCCGGGAAGCAAGCUGCAAGGCGAUAGUCUGACUUUUGUUCCUACUACUACAAAUUAUGUUCCGGGUCAAGAAGAGACCUUGGAUUGGUCUAGAACUGAUACUGGAAGGCCAAAUAGGUUAGAAGAAAUGUCCAAUGCAUCAAAGAAUACACCCAUUUCAGCUCAUACAGCUAGAAAUCAUCGGAUGGGUGCUGAUGAAGAGAGAGGCACGGGGAAGUUUGGUGGCCUCCUUGAGAAUUCAGGGGAAAUGUUGGACAAGGAUCUUAAUACUCCUAUAGGUGUAGGGGAAAUACGUGAUGCUGGAAAUUAUGAGACUAAAGUUGGAGGUCCAACAGGCAUGGGUGGUGAAGAAGUAGGUGUUACUCCAAUCCUUCAUCAGUUUGAUAAGAUGAAUGUUCAUGACGAACCACACCAACAUUCAAGACUUGAUGAUGCUCAACUGAACAGAACAAAACAUAGUCCACAAGACGAGAAUGUCUUCACUGGAAGCCAUGAUCAGUUUUUUCCGGAGCCAACCAGUUCUGAGGAUAGUGUAUUUCUUCAAGAUACUGGUCCGGACAGUGAGAAAUCACAUGAAAUUCCAGAACAGAAGCAAGAAAGUUACACCGGAAAGAUAUCAUCUGCAGCUGCAAUGGUUGCUGAUAAAGCAAAGCAAGCCACUAGUUCUGUUACAUCAAAGUUAGGGUACGGUGAUAAUUCUGAUCAACACUCAGCUGAUGCAUCUUCAGGAAUGCAUGAAAAAUCGUUCGAGCCAGUGGGUUAUGAGGAGAAAAUAUCGAAUGUUACAGCUUCUAUCACUGAUAAGGCUGUACAGGCCAAGAAUGCUGUAGCUACUACGCUAGGCUAUGGUGGAAAUCAAGAAGAGCAGCCUCAUGUGAAAGAAGGGGAAUCCAGAGGAGGGGCAUCUGUGUAUGGUAAUGUGGCGACAGUGGCCUUGAAGAUGCAAGAUUCAGGGACGGAACGUGAUGUCCAUCCUGGGCCUAAUACUGAAAUGGAUAAGGGGGUGUCAUUGAAGGAGUAUUUGGCUGAGAAACUGAAGCCCGGAGAAGAAGACAAGGCAUUAUCCGAUGUUAUAACUGAGGCAUUGCCCUUACACAAGCGUAAGGAGGAUGUAAGCAGAGUUGGGGAGGAAGGGAAAGGAGAUAAAGUGACAAUUAUAGGGCGAGUAACGGAGUCAGAAGAGGUGGCACGACAGUUUGGUAGAAGUGAGGAGACAAAUUAUGAUAACGCUGGUACAGGUAUGGCUAGUCCUGGGAAGGGUGUAUUCGACAGGCUCAGAGAUGCUGCCACUUUCUGGUAUCAGAAAGGUACUGAGGUUCCAUCACAGGAUGAUAUGGUAGAAGGUAAUGAAGCAUCUCCUGUAAUUUCUAGCAUGGAAAGUGAGCAGAAAAGAGAAGGGGAUCAGGGCUUCAGUAAUAAUGUGCUUAGAUAUGCUUGCUUCUGUGGGAGAUUUGUGUUUGUAAUCCUCUUUACACAAUAGUUUGCUUUAUGUGGUGGGAUAAAUGGUACUAUACUAGACAUGUACUUGAAUUAGCGACUGCUGUCGCUUGUAAGGAACUGGACAUUUUCCAGAGGUUGUGAAUGUUAUAGAUCUUAUAAUGUCAUGUUGUUUAUAUA